AUGGAAGAAGUGAUCACUUCAAACACAUCGAUCGCAUCAAUGAUUAUAGAUCAUCUCAAAUCAAUUGCAAUCAGAUUUAAUGAUCCAGAUGCAGGAGAUCCAAUAUCUAGAGAAGAAAUAUUACAUCUUAUAUUAAAUCUAAUCAUCCAAAUAUCCGAAUUUGAUUCAAAUUUUGAUCAUUUACUUGAAUCAAAUAUUUUUUCUAUUAUUUUUGCAAUUUUCCCUUCGUUAUUUGGACGAAACGUAGAUUGCUUUUUAGAUAUUCUUAUGCAGAUGGUUAGAAAAGAUACAAAUCAUGUUUUUAUAGAUUUAAUGUUGAAUGAAUUAGAUUUCAACGCUUUGCUUAAGACAGGAUCGAAUACGGUGUUCCUCAUCAUAAACGAAAUGCUUUCUGCUGAUCAAAGUUUGUCUUCUUUCUUUUUAAGUUUAGAUUUAAUUCCUCUUUUGACAAAUUCGUUAGAUGAGGGAAAUUUCUUUGAAAAAAUCACGUCAGCACAAACUUUGACCACUCUAAUUCAAUCAUGUGAUGACAAUUCUCUGGAAAAAUUUUCAAAUAACCCAGAAAUGGUUGAAAACAUUUUAGAUUUGUGCACUACUGAGAUUCCUAGCGAAAACAUUGUUCAUAUAGCAGAAGCACUUUAUAGAAUUAGAAAUGCAGAGCAAGAUAAUGAAGAAAUACAAGAUUUGUUUUCUACUUACGAUUUUGACUCAAUUAUCGAAAAAUAUAGCGAAGAUCCGUGA